AUGCAACCCAGCGGUCACACGCGCCACUUAACACUAAAGCAGUAGUACGGGCAGAUUCCUCGAGGCGUCUUCUUCUACGCUUUAAAAAAAAAAAGAACUCUUCUUCUACGCUUUAAAAAAAAAAGGACACCUCUUCUUCUACGCUUCAAAAAAGAAAAACGCAUUCGCUUGUAUUCUGUCACCUCACAGGAUGAUGCUGCAGCACUCGGGGCCAACGCUCGCUGACAUCAGUUGCUCUGCCCUCGUCCCCUGCCUGUCGCCGCCAGGCUCGCUCACGCUGGAAGACUUUGCCAAUUUUCAGAGUACCGUGGCAAAGGACGAGCUCCGCCUCGCCAUCCAGACCAAGCGUCUGUGCGGCGGCCUCAGCGCCGACGUCAGCUCCGACGGCGCCAGCUCCAGCUCGGACCUCCCUUGCGGCGGCGGAAAGCGAGUGCUGACUGGUGAGGAAACGGACAGGAGGAAGAGAAGGAGAGAUAGGAACAAGAUCGCCGCCGCCAAGUGUCGCAACAAGAAGAAGGAGAAGACGGAAUGUUUGCAAAAGGAGUCUGAAAAGCUGGAGAGCGUCAACGCCGAGCUGAAGGCUCAGAUUGAAGCUCUGAAGCAGCAGAAGCAGCAGCUGGUCUACAUGCUCAACCUGCACCGGCCCACCUGUAUCGUCAGGGCGCAGCAGGGGCAGACCCCCGAGGACGAGAGGAACUUGUUCAUCCAGCACAUCAAGGAGAGCACAUUACAAAUGCAACACCUGCACAGCUCGCCCCCGGACGCCGCCAUGCUCAGCCUGGACCACAUUCAGUGUUCGAGCUCCAUAUGAGCGGACUCUUCUAGAAGCCCCUCAGAGAACUGAGAGGCGCUCAAAGCUACUACGAAGGCGCAGGAAGAUGAUGCCCGCGCCGACAAUCCCAAGCUGCUGAUUGGACGGACCUUCGCAUGCAUCACAAACUGGACUUUGUGCUUCCUGCCAGGUCCAAGGAGAAGAGGCAUCUCCUGUCCGCUAGUUGGCGCUGACUUUUCUGCCACUUCUUGCUCACUAAGGCACAAACAAGAAGAUGAAAGUUGAAUUUAUUCCAUAACUACUGAACAUGCUGCUAAUGCUAACGCUAACCACUCAGGACCUUACCUGUCAUGUCGUUUGACGCGUGAUUCUCCACGGACUUGAAGGCAACGAGGUCUUCCCUCAUGUCUGCGACACGUGUGUGUGUCAGGUGUGAACUCACAAGUUGUGUGUGUAACACUACACAAAUAUUUUUCACUUGAAGUUGUUGUUUAUGAGCGAGGCUUCAUUGGCUGGUUUGAUGUUAGCACACCUCAGGCAGUGAGGAUGAUGGAUGCUCUUCCUUCCUUACUAUCAAUAAACUAUUAAAGAGUUCCAAAGUGUGUGCGUGUGAGAGAUGCGGGCGUCUGUAUGUUUGUUUCUUGUAUUCAUGUGACUGUUUAACAACAUGUAGCAAGUCAACACUGUUACCAGAGACCAGUGUGUACGCUAUUUUAUUUUCAUUUCUCUUUUUUUUUUUCAACUUUACUGAAUAAAAUGUUGUUAAAAAAUUGCAA